AUUUCCAUAAAAUUCAAAGUGUUUCCUUUCAAAUGGUACCAAAAAAUGCAUAUCCUUGCUUCAGAGCCUGAGCUACAUACAGGCAGUUAGAUUUGGAUAUGUCAUUUUAGGCGAAAAUGGAAAAAAAGGGUCCGAUCCUCUUAAGUCGGUCAGAGUCCACCUGAUGCAACAACAAGAGUUGUUGUUUUGCAUUCUGUUCAACCUGCCGUCUGAUUUCUCCUAUCAUUCAGAUGAAAGAUGGCAAGCUACAAUGGAAGCAUAAGCUCAUACCUUCUCAUAUCUUUACUGGUUGCUUCUUGGAGAAUCUACGAUGGUGGGAAAAUUCUGGUAUUUCCCUUAGAAGGUAGCCACUGGGUGAACAUGGACAUUCUGAUCAAGGCUCUUCACUCUCAGGGACACACCAUCACAGUAGUACGGACAACUCAAAGUUCAUGGACUGGAAUGUGACAUGGCAACUGCUGUAUUGGAAGACAAGGAUUUAAUGAAGACCCUGAAGGAGAACCAGUAUGACCUGGUGCUUACUGACCCAGCAUGGGGGACCGGUAUUUUGGUGGCUCAUUAUCUUCAGCUACCUCUAGUCUACAAUGUACGGUGGAUAACCAGUGGAGAGGGACAUUUAGCCAUUGCGCCAUCCCCCAUGUCUUAUAUUCCAAUGACUGGAUCAGGGCUCUCACACAAAAUGCUCUUCACAGAGAGAGUAAAGAAUAUGCUUUUCUAUUUGCUUUGGGAAGUUCAGUACAGACUUGUAAUUCGGCCACAUUACCAGGCUGUUUGUGAUGAGUUUUUCCAACCAGGUGUGGACUUCUAUGAGUUAUUACAGGGGGCUGAUUUAUGGCUCAUGAGAGUUGACUUUGUGUUUGAGUUCCCUCGUCCCACCAUGCCUAAUGUUAUCUAUAUGGCAGGGUUCCAAUGUAAACCUGCCAAGCCUCUUCCCCAAGAACUAGAGGAGUUUGUUCAGAGUUCUGGGGAGCAUGGAGUCAUUAUCAUGUCUUUGGGGACUUUUGUGUCUGAGUUUCCAAAUGAUAUAGCUGGUGUGAUAGCUGCUGCUUUUGCCCAGCUGCCUCAGAAGGUAAUCUGGAGACACAAAGGAGAAAGGCCAGCUACUCUGGGCAACAAUACCUUACUAGUUGAAUGGAUGCCGCAAAAUGAUCUGUUAGGACAUCCAAGGACAAGGCUGUUUGUAGCUCAUGGAGGAACAAAUGGGGUUCAAGAGGCUAUUUACCAUGGAAUUCCUGUUGUGGGUCUACCUCUGUUUUUUGAUCAAUAUGACAACCUGCUUCGUCUGAAAGAGAGAGGAGGAGCGAAGCUUUUAUCCAUGGCAACAGUAGACAAGAACAGUAACUUCCUGGAGGCCUUGCAGGAAGUUCUGGAUGAGCCGUCCUACAGGAUGAAAAUGCAGAGUCUCUCCAGGCUACACAGGGACGUGCCAAUGGAGCCCCUGGACACUGCCCUCUUCUGGAUUGAGUUUGUCAUGAGCCACAAAGGUGCUGCUCACCUGCGUACAGAGUCCUACAGAAUGCCUUGGUACUCCUACCACUCUGUAGAUGUUGUCCUGAUAUUGUUGGCUGUUGUAGUAGUGCUUCUUCUUCUUCUUGUUGCAAUAGUCAGAUAUUUAAGCAUUAGAAGUUGCUUGAAAAGAAAGAUUAAAAGUGAAUGAACAGAUCCAAUUCUCCACAUUCUGGUGGACACAAAUAAUAGGAUACGUAUGAAUUGAAGCUGUAAUAUGUAACUUUUAGGGUGAACCAACAAAAUUCACAUAGAUAUGUGUGUUAUAGAUCUGUCGUUCUCAUUGAAAGCAAGUCUAAGAUGCCCUAGAUAUAUUCUAUGUGUGCUAUUUCUAUGAUUCCCAUGUUUAAGUUUAGUUUUUGCGUAUUUUGCUUUUGGUUUUGUACACUAGCUUCAAACAGCUGAAAAUGCAAUAUUAUUGGUUAAGGAAAUAUAUGUUUCACAAUGCUUUAGAUGGUACAAUGAUUAUUUACACUAAACGUGCUUGAUUUGUCACAUAAACUGAAAUUAGGUGAACUAUUACAAUUUUAUCAACCAGGAAAUGGCAGUGCGAUUUCUGCAUAGUGCAUCUUUGAAUCAUGAAAAUGUAUAAUGUUGAAUUGAUGCCAACAUAAUAAAAUGUUAAUGUG